ACUCCAGUAGCGACACUGCAUUCUGAAACUCAUGCCAAGUUUCUAAUACCUCAUUGGUUGAAUUUAGUAGGGUUAUAGCAAAUGGCAUCGCGUGAAAAUGACAGCUUGUUCUGUGAACGAUAAAAUUAUUUUUAUUGAAAUAAUAUAGGUUGCUGCUCCAUAAUUUUAUAAAUAUUAUUUAAACCAAUAAUAGUUAAAAACGAUUAAAAUAAAGUGUUUAUUAAUUUCAUGCUAAAUAAGAAAAUAAGCUAUUUUUCUCAUCUAUCAGAUGUUCAGUGACUGAUCUUGUGUUAUCAUUAUUUUGUGUAUAUUGUUGUAAGUGCUGCAAAAAAGUGCAAAAAUGACGGAAAGUAAUCCAGUAGUCAUGGCUUCUGCUAAUGGUUUAAUAGACAAAUCCAAAGAACUCCAAAAGGAGAUUCUUAUGGAAAAGCUGAGGUCCAAAACAUCACAGUUCAAAAACUUAACAGAGACGUCUAAAGGCGUGCGGCUAGCUUUGCUGGACAAAAGAUGGGGUAUAGAUAGUGCUGAUCGAAUGAUAUUACAGAAGUGCCUUGACAGUUUACAGCACUGUAUUAAAGUUAGUUCCCUACAGAGUCUGAUUGAAAGGCUGGAGUGCUUGUCCCGACAACUGGGACUGAAAUUCGUAGUGGGCACAUCAGGAGUAAACCUAUUCAUAUCAUCGGAUAUGUUUUAUUUAGAAAUUUUAGUUGAAUCAUCUGGGUCUGUAAAAGAUGUUAAAAUUCACCAUGAAGGAAAAAUUGAGCAACAGAGUUGUGAGGAGCUGGUGGCUUGUAUAUCUCGCGGGGACUUUGCCGACUUUACAGCUCAGCUCGAAGGCUUGACCGCUGUGUAUCAACUUAAUGCUGAAAAAAAAGUAUCCACUCCAUCAAUUCCUGUUAUCGGUGACGUCCGCAGGAUUAAAUGCAAAGCAUUCAGUGCUUUGCAGAGCUUAGAAGAGGACUUGUGUACUAUGAGGCAACUACAAAGCUUCAUUAAAGAUCCGUGGGCACAAGUCCACAAAAGUCCUAUUGGGUUCUUACAGAAGCGGAGAGGAGGCCACGCAAUGCGACUCACAUACUUCGUAUCACCAUACGAACUCUUGGAUAAAGACAAAGGACUACAGCCACUGACAGUAGAACUGCUAACAUUAGGCAAGCCAUCAGCGUCUAGCGGUCUUGCUUCACUGGUUACCCCUUCUUACACACCAAUCGGUCAUUCAGCAACCGUACUUCUAGAAGGUUCUACGCCUAAUAAGCUGCAAUUAUCGCCUAUUAUAACUGGUGGACAACGGCCUGGGAAGGGAAAUCCUGUGUAUGCUCAACUGGUACCUCAAAACAGUGCAAUGCUGCCAGCCUGCUUUACGCUAAAGCUAUCACAACCCACACCGCUGUGCGCCGGUCUUGCGAAACUCAUACAAGCCACUACCGAUGUGGAAGUAGCGGGUGACUGGGCGAACGCUAAGCCUAUGUUGGGAUUAGUUGCUCAACAAGCUUAUAAUAAAUUAACCCCUGGCAAAGUAAUAGAAUUGAACCUCAGCAAAGGACUGUUUGUGUACCUACCAGAGCAGACGCAGUGCUACUUCCCGUGCGAGACUCGCGGGCUGGAGGGCUGCCUGGUCACCAGCAUUCCCUUCUCGCACCCGUCGCACGUGGCGCCGCUGCUCGCCUGUCUGCGACAACAGGCGCUCUUCAACACGCUUAUAGCUAGCUGUGUUCGCAUGCAGUCUAAGCAAUUCGUGGAGCUGGAGAGCGUGCUGAUGUUCGAGGUGAGCGCGUUGUCAUGGCAACACAUCUCGAUCUCGCUGGAGCACCCGGGCGACGAGAGCAUGGCCACGGUGGAGCUGGAGCUGGGCGAGCCGGCCGCGCCGCGCGCCGCGCUGUGCACGCUGGCCGCGCCCGCCAGCGAACACGUCGACGAGUACAUCACGCGCGUGCUGCAGAAGACGCACUCCAUACCCAUCACGCUGAGGGCACUCAUCAAGAUAUGGGAACGCGAAGCAGCCAGCAAACAAUUAAAUGGCGGUUACUCAGCUCUGGAGCCAAAUUUUAGCUGUGGCCUCGGAGGGCUCGACCCGGGUGGUGACCAUGUGAAGCAAGAGCCGGGCUCCAUGCACUCGCGGCCUAUGUUCCCCUCCAGCGUCAACCAUCCGCACCAAGGCGGGGCAUAUCUUUCUGAGCAACAACAUCAUCUAUCAGUCAUGUGCCAAGAUCCAAACGCGAGCGAAGUAAAACCGCAACAAGAAGAGCGAAAAUCUAAAAAAAGAAAAUCUGACGAUGUUUGGUCUUCGAGUCAGAAAAAAGGCAAGCAGGGUAUCACGGAAAUGAUGGACACUGAUAGCGAGAGUGAAAAUUCCGAUGAAUAUGUUAACGAGGAUGAGAAUACUGUUAAUAGUAAUUCUACGAACGAUGAUAUCGAAGGGCGGGAGUCGUCGGUGUCACAAAACGAGUUCGCCUCGGACAUGGAGCUGUCGGCUAUGGACGCGACGGACGCGCUCGGAACCAACGACAACAGGACGUCGUCCGAUAUGGACAACUCGAACGAUGGAGACGUCGACGAUAUUAUCCGGAAUUCUUUUCAGAAGUCUGAUCACAAAAGGCAAAAACUUAAAAAUAAAGAUUCAGAAUUACGAACGGGCAGGAGCUCGUCCCUCCUAUUGGACCUAACCGAAGGGAAGGCUUAUAUGCCGUCAUCGGUAAGCAUUACUCCAAUAGGUAGUACAGCGAACCCUCCGAAUGCAGGUACCGGCUCAAGUAUUACUUCGAUGCUAUGCCUGGACAGGCGGCCGGGUAUUGAAAUAAUACCCAUUACUUCAGCUGCACCCGCUGCUUUACCCAGCUCCAUUACAAUAACUCCGAUUACGUCAACCCAAAUGAAGAGCUUAGAUGACAGAAUCAGGUCUGAGAAGAAGUCAAGCAAGUCGGGGGAAGAGCGCAGCAAGGAGAAGAAAAAAAAGCGAAGGAGAGACGAUUCAAUGGGCCCCCCUGAAAAAGUCCCACCCAAACAAGAUCCCCUCACCAAACCAGUUUCAGUCAGUAUUAAGCCCACUGAUGGGUCCCCUUUACGCUCAACUUCCCCAAACUCGCUUAUUAGGAAAUUUAGCCCAAGUCCAACACAUGGUAGGUCGGUAUCAAUUACCAAAUCACCGAGUCCUAGCACUGUAAAAGGUAUGGGUAAGCCGUCGGGGACAUCUAGUCACCACAGUAGCCCAAGGCAUUCACCAGUUCAAAAUAGUCCUAAACAUUUACCUGGUUACUCGAGUCCAAAAAACCACAGCAUCUCGUCCCCUAAGCAUAGUUCUUCGGGGUCGGGAAAGCCUAGCAUGUCAGCACUCAAAUCAGCAACUAGCGGAUCCCCCUCAGGUAAAUCGGGAACGACAGGGUACGAUCUUACAAAAAAGAUAUCGAAAGAUAGCUAUGGUUCUAGCUCAAUGACUUCUAGAGAUAAAGAAAAGAAACAUUCCAGCUUGUCUUUUUCUAGUUCCGAUAGGAGUAGUCCGAAGUUAAAAAACCCAAUCAAACUUAAACAGUUAGAAAUUACUCCCAUUUCUUGUGAUAGUCCCGUUACUGAGCCAUUAAUAUCCCCUCCGAAUAUAGAAGUAAACAAGUCGAAUGCUCCCAGUCAAGCUCGUAACAGAAAAGGUUCUCUUAGCGCUGUGAUAGAUAAACUAAAGUCUGCCCAGCACUGCGGCACAGAUUCCGAAAUAAGUUCGAAAUCUAGUAGCUCUUCCAGUAAUGCUAAGUUUUCAGAUCCAAAACAAAGUAUGACCGGCAGCAGUGGAAAACUUAACGAUAGCAAAAAUCAAGAAUAUAUGGUCAAGCCGAGCUCCGACGGCAUGAAGAUAACAAUUAAUAAGACCAGAACAAAAGACUCUUCGAGCAGUAGUUCCAAACUGAAUUAUAGUAGCUCAAGCUCGAAACAAUCGUCGCCACAGCUCACUCCACCGAGCCAGGGCUCUCCCAAAACCCACACCGGUUUAAAACCAGGCGUCAUAAGUGGACCUGCUUCUAAAAAAACUCAAGUUAUGCAAUCUUCCAAGUCAAGCAAUGCUACGUCAGGUUCGACACCCCCUAAAGCAAAUAUGAGCCCUUCCGAUUCGUCCGGCUCUAGUAAUCCAAAUAUGCCGAAAGUGCCUUAUUCUAAAUCAUCAAGCACAAGUAGUACAGGUAUCAAUUUAUCCAAAUCAGCUUCUAAAUCUAGUUCUGGGUCUCCUAAAAGCAGCAGCACGGACCUAGCUAAAAUAAUGAGAGAUAGGGAACGAGAAAAAGCCAGAACUAAACUAAUGAGUAAUUCAGAGAAGUCCAUUUUUUCUUCUAAAUCAGAACGUCACUCUAGUCCUAGCGGGUCUAGAGACGAAGUAGACGGUGACAGGUUCAAGACAUCCAAGGAUGCAAACUUUCUUGUAGAAGGCCUAAUCAAACCUCUGGAUACUAGCAAGUUUCAAAUUCCCAAGCUAAAAAAUCAAAACACCCCUGAUAAAAACAGUCCUGCGGCUCAAUACGACAAUCGAUCUUUGGUCAAUGAUUUUGCUCGGUCUCUGGAGCAAAGCAAAUACCAGUUUCAACACUUUGAUAAUCCAAGUGCCAGACCGGGCGAUUCCCUACAAAAGUCAGCAUACCCUUUAAACGUGCCUAAACCAUUACUAAAUAUGGGCAGCAUGAGUCCCAAAACAAUCCCUCCUGUUAAAAAUGAACAGUCUGAUAGGCCCUUAGAAUUUUCCAAAGCAAUGGCCGACAGUAUAUCGAAAGGGGAAAGCCCACAACGAAAUAAGGAUGACUUAAAAGAUGGUUACCCAGCAUCAUACCCAAUCUUGCCCCUGGACUUUAAAACUGAAAUGGCAAAGGGAUUUGCCGCUCCAAAAGGCAGCUCUGAAGACAGAAAAGGCGCCGACUCUUGUAUGAAGCCUCCGGCGAGCGGGUCUGUGGCGCGCAGUGGGGCCACAACGCCGCAGGAAGCGGCUGAGAUGUUACUGGAUUUUUCAUCGUCGUCGGGCAGCAAAGUGUCGGGCAUGGUGGCCGUGCGGCCCGUGUAUCCGUCCUCGCCCGCGCUCGCGCUGCAGCUGGCCAAAAGCCCCGCGCCAUCGCCGCUAGUAGCGCCCUCACCACACUCUAACUCGCCCUGCAUCACCGACGAUGAACUUAUGGACGAAGCGCUCGUUGGCCCGGGAAAAUAAAUACAACCAGACUCACACCGGGGCCUCGCCGUGCCCGCGUCGAUGGCUGCUGUUAGAGCGACAAUUCUAUAACAGCCUACAAAUUAUAUAUUCAACGAACCAAGUUAUUAUACGACUUCUUGUGUAAUUUUUUCAUCAAUAAUUAUUUAUCAAGUAAAUUAUUCUUAAACUUUCUCUCUAUUUGUAUUUUAUUGUAAA